UGUACAACGGUAGUACAGAACAGGAUAGUGACACCAUCCGUUCAUACGUCCCCCUUGAACCUUUCAGAUUUUCUGUCAGUGGAUGCAACAUACUGCACGAUGAAGCUUUCCGUUGUAGCUCUCGUGGUGAUCUUUGCCACCGUGGCCUACGCGUCCGACCAGCGGGACCUGGACGCCCUGAAAGCCGCCGUGCAGCGGCUUCGCGCCCUGGAGCAGCGGCAGCACCGGAGAGGGUUUUGGUUCUUGGGCGGCGGCGACGACGACGGCGACGGCGGCGACAAGACGCUUCGCUGCGACACCGACACCGACAAGGCUCUUACCAACGCCUACAACAACCUGUGCAAAUCCGAAUUCAGCACCUACACUGAGGGGAUCAAGACGGCCUCUGUCUUCCUGCAGGCGACUUGCAGCAGGCUGAACAACGAGUGCUGCGGGAACGGGAAGGGCUGUAACGACAAUGAGAUCAAGGAGUGCUGCCCUACCAAGGUGGAAGAGGACUGAUCGCCAGCGCCAUCUGCCGAUAUAGAUGUGAAGAUCUUUGUGUAACAAGACCUGCCGUAUUGUAGACGUAAAAAAAAGUAAAAUUAAUUGUGUAACUCAAAUAUUUAUUAUAGAGUUAGUCUUAGAUAUAGGGAAUUCCGUAAGACUUUUUGGUGGCCUCAUAUCUUCUGUAUCAGUGAGUAGAAACAUUAUUUGCAUUUUUUCUGUCAUUUUAAAUAAACAAAUUCGAAUGGGGAGGGGUUAGGCAGCAAUUAAAGGGGAU